UCUUGUUUUACGACGCCCUUACACUUAACAACUAACAUUAGUAUUAUGUACCUCCAUUGCUGAUUGCGUGUUACAGAAUAUGAAACUAUUUUUGUAUUUUACAACGGGCUUGUUAACAUGUUUGGCAAUCAAUGGUAAGAAGAUAAAAAUACAAAUAGAAUCGGAAGAUGUGUUAAAAAUAUUCGAUGGAGUUGUUAAUUCAGAAACGAUAAAGAACUUUGCACAACAACUUGUUCAUCGGGGCAUUUCGCAACAUAGUGGGCUUACAAACCCAUACCACCCAGAAGAUGACCUCGUCAAUAAAUAUGACUCAGUUAGUUCCAACGAAGAAAUAUCUCCACUACCACCAGGAAAACAUCCAUUUGUAAUAGAUUUGAAGAACCCGCUUCGAGUAUUACAAAAUUUAAAAAAAGAAAUUGAUGUAACCAACCAAGACCAAAAUUCUGUUGUUGAUAAUAACGCUGAACCGACAAAUGAUCCUCUAGAUCAAGAAAAUGAACAAUUUCUUAAUGGAAAUCAAGUUAGUAAUGAUGAUGUUUUAACUGAAAUUGAACCCGCGGUGUCUUCAUUAAACAAUAUAGCAGUUAAAUCAAAAAAUGAUACGAUAAUCGAAAAAGAUGUAAUAAAAAAGCGUUUUAAACUGAAAACAGAAAAGAAGAAAAAGGCUGAUGCCAAAAAAACUAUAUUAACAAGGAAGGACGAUAGUGAAAAUGAGAAAGGUUUAGAAUCACUCGAUGAUAGGUCCAAUUUUAAAGCUAUACAAACGAGAUUUGUUUUAAAGAAAGCAGAAUCAACUGCUGCUCCUUCAAUUCUCUAAUAUAGUGAAAUGUAAAAUCUCCUUUUGUCUUAUA